CCUCAUGCGAACUGCGAACUCGUCUGCAAGCUCACGUUUGUGGUUCUGAGGGUGCAGGCUGGCGGAAUUGCAGGGCGUCAGUGCAAACAGCCAUCAGCCAACUGCCCUGUGUCUUUCACUCUCGCUUUUCCCUCUUCACUUGCCCACCGUCACUAGCCAGACAGGUCUUGAUGCAUUACUGCAUUCGCCAUUACCCUUCGAGACCUGUCGACCUGAAAUCUUAGGCUCCGUGCCCUUCCCCAUAUUUUUUUUUAUUUCUAUCGUUCACCUGCCUCGAUCACUUCGGUCUGAUCCCUCUCCCUCCUUGUCUUUCAUUACCCUCACAUCCUUCAUGUCCUCGCAAUAAUCUGCUCUCGUCUUUGCUUGCUCGUCCUGUUUCUUGCCGGGGCCCAUCCUUGAGUGGUUCCACCACUCUUACUGUCGUUAUUGUCCGCUUGUCAUUAACUUGUCCAAGUGACACGAGACCCAACACACAUCGUCACUCCAGCCAUGGACUCAACGACGUGGUUCAAAUUCUUCGUCAUCUACUUCCUCUGGCGCUAUGUCCGCCUCAUUGUCAACCUGUGGGCCUUCUGGACUUUCAAGCCGAUCCCCAUCCCAGAAAAUCCCACUCUUUGGCCAUCAGAUGUCACGGUCAUCUUGCCUACCCUGGACGGCGAGGGAGAGGAGCUGGAGAAAACCAUCGCCUCAAUCAUGGAGAACGAGCCCAAGGAGUUGAUUCUGGUCACAAUCGAUGAGAACUUGACCAAGGCAGAGCGGACCAUGGAGAAGAUGCCGGCCGCCAAGUACCACCGCAUCCGUUGCAUGUCGGUCAAGCAUGCCAACAAGAGACGGCAAAUGGCUCGAGCCAUCCCCGAGGUCACCACUGAGAUCAUCGUCUUUGCCGACGACGACGUCACGUGGCCCCCUCGGACUCUCCAGUGGAUGCUGGCCCCAUUCGAGGACAAGAGAUACGGAGGAGUGGUCACCUGUCAGCGGCUGCGACGGGCCGAGAAUCCCACCUUCUCUCAGCGUAUCUACGGUUUCCUAGGAGCACUCUACCUGGAGCGUCGAAAUUUUGACUGUGCGGCCACCACUCACGUCGACGGAGGCGUUCCAUGCUUGUCCGGCCGGACCUGUGCCUAUCGGACAAGCAUCCUCCAGGACAUCAAUUUCACCAAUGGAUUCACAAAUGAGAAGUGGUGGUUUGGCCAAUUCCAGCUCAAUGCUGACGACGAUAAUUUCCUUACGCGCUGGAUGGUCUCGCAUCGGCACGAAACCUACAUGCAGUACCACCCCGAAUGUGAAGUGCUGACCACACUCGAAAACAACCCAAAAUUUCUCAAACAAUGUUUGAGGUGGGCGCGCAGUAAUUGGCGCAGCAACCUCACCAGCAUGUUUGCUGAACGUCAUAUUUGGCUUCGACAACCUUAUAGCACGUACGCAGUUCACGUCACGACGUUGAUGCCGCCUGCCAUAAUCGGAGACGGACUUCUCUGGCUCUAUUUAUGCAAGGGCGUUCGUGACUGGCCAGCCGACCAAGCCAAGAGUGCCAUCUGUGCUUUUGCAGCUUGGAUGAUAUUCUCCAAGUUCAUUAAGCUGGUCACUCACUUUGUCCGCUAUCCCGUCGACAUAUUCCUGUGGCCGGUCUCUAUCCUCUUCGGAUGGUUUCAUGGCGCCAUCAAGGUCUACGCUGUAGUGACGUUGGGCGUGACCACCUGGGGCAGUCGACCUAACGCCGACGCCAGCGACUCUGGAAGAAUGAUCCGCCAAAAGAAAGCACAUUGCUACGAAUCGGGAGACGAAAAGUUGCACGAAAAGCUUCUACCUGUCGACGAGAUGAUGACCUACGCCAACGACCAGAAACACUACCAACCUCCCUCCGCAUAACUCUCCUCUCCUCGUAUUCCUGAUGAAUAAACUCGAAUUACUUCGUGACCGAGCCUACUAUUGACAGGUUGCCAAGUGAGGCAAUACAUUUUUCUUACGAACCCCAGAUUUUUACGGUCGGUCGAAUUGUUGAUGCGUUCUUUCUAUAAAAAAAAACAAGCACAUUCUUUCGAAAAGUUCAAAAUGGGAGAUAUGUCAAAAUUGAGACUAAAAAGGACGGCAGAUGGGAAGGUGGGAGGCAUUCUCUUCGAUCCACAAAAGCUCAGCAAAGUUUUCACACUUUGUGUCUUGUAUUACCCCGGAACAGGAGCCGGAUUUCACAUCAAAAAACAAAAUAACGGGGGGGAACUUGGACGCUCUUUUACCCGG